UAUGACCGAAGUUAAAGAAUAUCAAAUUAACAAUUUUAGCACAAUAUUUGUCAAUUAAGAACAAACUGGCAUAACAAAAUGAUAAAUCUAACCAUCAAUGAGAUUUCUUUACAUUUAAACACUUUAUUAUCCCAGAAAAACAAGAAAAAACUUGAAACUAGGAAAAGUUCAAUUCUUUUUAAAACUGGUUUGACAAGUUUCUUGAGUCUAAAAAUAGACACCAUGGCACUAUUAUUAGAAAGGAGGUUCUGUUUAUAAGCAAAAGGGUUUCGAUUGCAGUUUGUAAAGUAUCAGUCACAGGUUGAGUGGAAUUUGAGAAUCCACAACAAGCCUCAGGAUGAACGGAAUUAAAUGUAUGAAGACAACCUUUGCAGUAUGCAAUAUACUAUUUUUUAUAAUGGGCAUAGCUGCAAUGUGUAUUGGGAUAUAUUUGAAAGUGUCCAGAUCAGAUUUCGUUGAGAUCCUACAGAGUAAAGAAUUUGAGACAUCCUCAGCAUUGUUGAUAUCUGCUGGUAUAAUUGUUAUAGUUGUGGCCCUUGUUGGUUUUAUAGGAGCAUGGAUGAACAACCAAUGCAUGCUGGGGCUGUAUUUUAUUUUCGUUAUUGUUAUUUUUGCCAUGGAAUUAGCAGCAGGAAUAAUAGCUUUCAUAUACAGAAAAGAUAUUGAAGUAAUUAUUAGGAGAGAGUUAUUAGAAGGUGUGAAGAAAGAUGAAACUAGAAGUGCAUGGGACAAAUUGCAAGAAAAGUACUUAUGUUGUGGAGUAAACAAUUACACAGACUGGUACGGAGUUUAUGAUAUCCAUAAUUAUAAAACUUUACCAGACUCGUGUUGUGGUUACGCUGGAUGUGGACAAUCUGGUGGUGUAGUGGCAUAUCGUAUUAGUUGUUAUGAAGAUGCCAAAGAAUGGAUUAUAGACAAUUUCUACCUGAUUGGAGCUGCAGGGGUUGCUAUAGGUGUACUGCAGUUAUUACUUGUUAUUGUCUCCCUUGCCCUCAUUUGCUUUAUUCGAAAGGAAAAGAGUUACAAGGAUUAUAGAAGACGUUCUGCUGGAAACUUUGGUAGUGGAAUUCAAAAGUUGUGAGAUUGGAACUGUGUAGCCAUACAUUUGAACCCUAUAUUACAGUGUGUACUUUGAAUUGUAAUGUGCAUGUUUGGGAUGUUAUAACUAAUCUUAGAAACAAAAGAACAGAUCACUUUCGAACAGAAUUUUAUGUAGUGUGUUUAUCAUUGCAGAAGGAUGACUCCUAUACAAAUGUAAACUUAGACAUUUUUGUGUACAUUUAUUGUAUAGAUCCUUCAAAAAUGGACAAAAAUGCAAGUUUGAUUACCAGGAUUGUGAUUUCAGGAAAUGCUACAAUUAAAUAUUAAAAUCAUAAAGAUUUUUUUUGUAGCGAACAUAUCAUGUAGCAAUUUUCUGUAUAAUAAAAAUGUCUAUAAAUUUCUGAAUUUAUGGUAAUUAAAACUUAUUUUUAGUCAACUGUUCUAUGGUAUUUGAAAAGUUCCAAGAUCUUGCAUUAAAAAAUACAUGCAAUGAAUUCUUAAUACAUAGUUAUUAAAGACAUGUCUCACUGGUUGAAACAUGCUCACAAUAAACAGUCUUUCAUAUAGUCUGCCUUUCUUUAUCUUCUCCAUUUACCAAAGAAAUAUUCAGAGAUGUGUUUCUGGAUAUAUUGUAAUUUGCAUGUUUUGCAUGUAAAAGAAAAGGUGGAUGUUGUUAAAUGUUUGUAUUAUUGAAAUAUGCACAACAUCUCUAAAUAAGGUAGAAAAGAAAGGAAAGGGUAAAGAAUUUUUAAGUUUGAAUAAAUAAAUUGCUACACUUGCCAUCAUAAGUUCAAAUUUGCUAAAAUGCUCAAUAAAUAAACUAUAUUGCGCUGAGAAAUUGAUCACUUCUUUAUUCAAUUGAUUUGAGUUUUUUGUGGCAAGUUAAAAAUUAAUUUCAUGUCAUUGCCAAGUAAAUUUUGAACCUGAUGUUUUCAAGACUUAUGAAGAAUAAUUGACAAAACAUUGGUAAAUAUAGACAGGUUAUUCACGUUUUUAUCUCAUCUGCUAUGAAUCAAAUAUUGUGAGACACUAAAACUUCAACACCAACUACAAGAAGGUCUUUGGUAUUGAUUGGUUAAAAGUGUAUUUAUUCUUCAUGUGAAAAUUGUGAUAUUUAUAUAUUUUUUAUUAUAUUUUUGUCAAGUAUUGCAUUUGUACAUGUAUUUUGAUUUUAUAUAAAAAAAAACUAUAUAUAAAAAUGAUACAAAAAUGUAAUAAUAAUACUUAAAAAGUAAAAAAGAUAAAAAAAAAAAUAUGA